AUGACCACACUAGAUCACAGCUGGGGUAAUGGGAACACCAGCUGGCCGGGGACACCCCUGAGGCCAGGGGAUGGGAAUGGAGCGGGAAAUACGGGACAGCAUCAGCAAAAUGGGUGCCACCGGGGUCCCAGAGGCAGACACCUGCCUCUCACAGGCUGGGCCCGGCAGAGCCCCGCUUCCUCCUCCGAGCCUCCUGGCACUCAGACACCCGCUGCCCACACCCUCCCGGGAAGGCCAAACUCCGCGUCCGGCAAACACCCCACCCACCCCUGCCCCGAACUCUGCUCCCCACCCCCCGCCCCCGGCCACACCCACCCAUCCCAGUUCCCCGGAAUUCGCGGGCCUCUCCGAGAGCUAAUCUCCUCCUUCCAAAGGGGCCAGAGAGCUCCGGCACGCCGGACCCAGCCCAGACGCCGGGCGGCCAGACACCCAGCCCGUGGGUGCGACGCCCACAAAGCCGGCGGACCCAUCUGGCCAGGUGAAGGACGGACCCAUCUAAGGAUGGAGGCCAAGAGUGCCGGUUUGUCUCCCACAGGGGACCAGACUGGGAACCACAAGCUCCUCAGGUUCUGGUCCCGGGCUGGAGCCAGAGACAGGGCCGGUUCUCGACCUGAGCCAGCUGCCCCUCGAGUUGUUGUUGCAAAUCCUGAUCUACGUGCCCCCGCGGAUGCUGGUGACGUGAUGCCGAGCAGCGUGCCGCCAGUGGUGGGCCCUGGUGCAUGGGCCCGCACUAAGGUGUCUUCUCUGGGCCCAAGCCAAGGAUGCUUCGAGCCAGAAACUCCUUUUAGCCACUCGACACUACCCUCCUGCUCCCAAGGCCUGUUCCUGGGCCUGCUUGGGCGUCCUGGAGCCCCUGGGAUGGAACUUGCUCGAAAAUAUCUGCGGAGAAGAAGGGCUCCAGAGGUGGAAGGUGGAAAAUGGUGGAGAUGGCUGGAAGGUGGGAGGAAAUUGCAAAUCUGUCCCAGGGGCAAAGGCCCAGACUUGUUUUGUGUCCUCCUACAGUGCUGGAAGCAGCAGGUUGUGAACCUCCCAGCCCAGGGGCUGUGGCCAGAGCUGUUGGAUAACCCUGGGGCAGAGAUCCAUCUUGAGGCCUGGUGGGGAGCCCGGAGAGAAUGUGGCAGCCAGUGCCAGCUUUUUGUCAAACUGGUGGCUGCUGACCGCCGCACGGCGCUGGAGAGUUUCGACGCUCGACCGGACCCUGUCCCUACGUGGACUGACCAUAUCUACAUCCAGGUCUCCCACAUCUUCACCAACUUCCCGAAGGGCGUCCGUUUCAUCUUUUUUGAACAUGCCGGCAAAGACACCCUGUUCUGGGCCGGGCACUAUGGUGCCCGCAUCACUCACUCCAGUGUCAAGGUCUAUUUCCGGACCCCUUCACUGACUUGCUCCUAGGAAAAAAGAUCCAUCCCUGAGACAACCCUGAGUGAGGGGCUGCAAGGGGGCCCCUUGGGAUCAGCCCCUCCAACUGUUUCCUCCUUCCCACCAGCUCACCUCAGCUCCUAAGGGAAAUUGCCAGAAGCCCCACAUUAAGAAGCAGGAGGGAAGGGGCAGUGCCAGUGGCCGGUCAUACCUGCUGCUGCUUCUCGGGACAUCAGAAAACUAACGAGGGAUAAGAGGCUCUGGUCUGUGGGGACAGCGAUAGUGGAAGAAAUUAAUCAGGGAGGAGGGGUUUUGUUGGAAGGAAUUAACCAGAGAGGGGGAAUAUAGCAGAAUGGAGAGAGAUGCAGGGGACCCUGCUUCACUGCCCUCUUGCAUGCCCUGUUCUAUCUACAGCAGUCAGUAGCUCUCCAUUCCCCACAGCCUCGGUCUCCAGCCGUUUUAUUUUUGUAAAGAUCACUCCUAUCAGAACAUUUUUUUUUACUAUACACUCCCAAUAUAUGUAUACUUAUAAAUUAUAUGCAUGUUCUGCCUCGGAAAUGGAAAUGGAAAAGGAUGAGAUAAAGAGAAAAUGAAUAUUUUAAAAUGUGUUUUUUAAUUUUAUUAUUUUCUUCAUUAAAAUAUUCUUAAUAAUUUCAUCAGUGUGAAUAUUUUUAGUAAGAGCCUUGAUUAAAAAUGCUUCAAUGUCUACUUUUUGCUGUGGUAUUGAGGUGGGUGGGUCAGGGCACUAAGUUAUCAGACUAAACACACACCUAUCUCACUACACAGAGAACAGAGGGGACUGCGUGUGAAACAACGUCUGUUAGGGCUGGUUUUUUAACAUGGAUGUUAAAGUGGGUGGGCGCGAUCACAAGUGUCCUGUUCAUCUCUGCCCUCGGAACGGCCUUCUGCCCUGUCUUGGUAUUUUGUUUCAUGGCUUUUCUUUUCUGCCCUUCACUAUCUCUGCCCCCCACCCCUUUCCCAAACAAAGAGGCACAAUCAUAAAACCAACUGGGUCGUCCUGGCUAGACAGACGGGUGGAUUUCUUUGUAACAUGCCUACGUUUUAAUUGAAAAGAGACACAAUGCCACCAGUGUCCUAAAAAGCUGUGACAAGUCUCCUGGGCUGGAUCCUCCUUGGGAGGUGGCCCCCAGGGCUCUUUCCCAGCCUCUCCUCUUCUCCCUCUAUGCUACCUUACUUGGUCAUCUCAGUAGUUCCCGGAUUUACUGCCCAUCUCUGCUGUGAGGGAGCCCUCUGGUUGACCUUUCCUGCCCCAGACUUUCCAUGACCUCCAGCCUUGCUCCAAGCGUCUGUCUGGUUGGAUGUUAUAGACAAAACCUGUCUGAAACAGGACUUGGGAUCUUUCCCAAACGCCUUCCCUCACUGCAGCCGGCAGCAGCAUCCUCCCAUGCCCUCAGCCCGAGUCAGUAUCCGUUGGCCCUGGCCCUCAUCACCGAACUGAACCCUGGAUUAUUCCAGUAGUCUGUUGAGGGGGAGGGGGGACCCACCAGCCCCUGUUCUCUCCCUGCUCCAGUCCAUCCGCCGGCCACUCAUGUGAUUUUCCUAUGCCCAGGUCGCCCCGUGUCACUCCCCUAUUGGAUUAACUCCGGGGGUUCCCUAUUGCCUCUGGGAUCAAACACCAGAUCCUGCCCUUGACAUCCAGAGCCCUUCAUAACCCAGCCACCUUGCACCAUACUCCCCUGCAGGUGCUGUGGCGGCUCCUCUGGGACCAGGCCCUCCAUCCUGCGGCCCUGGGCCUUCUCUCUGGGCCUUCCCAGCCUCCUUCCUCUAGGGAGCCUUCCCCCAGCUGGUUCCCUCUUCAGUGAGCUCCUACUAUCCCAUACAGAGCUC